GUUCAACACGUUGAAGGGUACGACUAUAUUCUGCCUGGCAACCCGGAAAUUGAUAUCGCCUUCUGCAAGCAGUGUCUAAGUCAUGUGCCCCCAGCUGAUUACGAGAAGUUUUUCGGCAAAAUCCGACAAUUAGAAGCGAAGUACUUCAUCAUUAGUGAAGGCAUUAACCCGAACGGCUAUGAGGCGACUAAGUGGGGAGAGUGGACGUUCCAUACGAAUGAUUUUCUCAAGUUGUGUACUGCCCAGUUUGGCAAGCCUUUGUUUACGAAAAAUUUCGUGGCUAAGGAGCCCGAAAUGUUUGCACCGUUGAUUCAUGAUACUACUGCUCUUUUUAAACUCUGCAAGAUGUAA